GGUUACCGUGUGCAGAAGAUAACCGCCAUCUCCGGAAAUUACAAGUCAGCUGCUAGGAAGCUGAUGCUGGUUACUUUCAGUUAGCUUGAUGGCUAACGCAGUCAGUUGUUAAGGUUUUCUUCACGCCGUUGGGGCUGUUUCUGGAAACAGUUGGACCUGUGUUAUUAACGAGCUCCACUUGUGUGAGGGGCCGUAAGCAUGAAGUGGGUGUUUUUUCUCGAGGCUCUCUUCCUGGCUUGUUUUGUGCUGCUGAGCCAAGUGACAGCGAAGAAUUCGGAAGACAUCCGCUGUAAAUGCAUCUGUCCGCCUUACCGAGAGGUCGAGGGGCAAAUCUACAAACAAAAUGUCUCUCUCAAGGACUGCAACUGUCUCCAUGUUGUUGAUCCCAUGCCGGUGGAUGGGAAAGACGUGGAGGCUUACUGUUUACGCUGUGAGUGUAAAUAUGAAGAGAGGAGCUCGGGGACCAUUAAGUUUACCAUCAUAAUGUACCUCUCCAUUUUGGGUCUGCUGCUCCUCUACAUGGUCUACUUGACUCUCCUGGAGCCCAUGCUGAAGAGACGUCUGUUUGGGCACUCACAGCUUAUACAGAGCGAUGAUGAUGUUGGGGACCAGCAACCUUUCGCCAACGCUCACAACGUCCUGUCCCGUUCACACUCUCGAUCCAAUGUCCUGAACAAAGUGGAGCACGCCCAGCAGCGCUGGAGAAGGCAGGUCCAGGAACAGAGGAAAUCUGUGUUCGACCGGCAUGUUGUGCUCAGUUAAAAAUGCUGUUUGAAUUACUGGUGGAGCAAAAAAAAAAAAAAAAA